AUGGCGAAGCUCUCUCCAGCGCAAGAGGUCCUAGGCAACUCCGAUUUGAUGGCCAUCGUCCUCGAGCACGUGCCUAGGCUCGAGAUCACCAACCUACGCCUUUGCAACAGGGCGCUGCAUACGAUGGCGUCACCGUCACUGUUUCGCACUUUGAUCAUCAGCACACGCGAAGACCACCUCCGACGCUUGAAGUUUGUAGCGGGACACGCGGAGUUCAGCAAAAGAGUACGGGUAGUCGUAUGGGAGACUGCAACGUACGGCUUUGACGGGGAGUGGAUGGACGGACGCGCACACUACCAAGAUAAUGAACUGAUUUGCUCUAUCUACUACCUGCUUUCUAUCGAAAGGACAUCGAACCCCGAUCUGGAGACUUUUCCAGACCAAGGCGCCAGGAUCAUCGAAGCCCGCUACCGCUCGACGAGCAACCAUGAGAACGCGCCUUCAGAGAUGACCUUUUGGUCCGGCGGUGAAGGUGGUGACAGAGCGUUCUUUGACCCAAACAUCAUCGUCGGCCACCCCAGGAUCAUGCCUCCGCCACAUCUCUCGCUGUACCAGGGAAUGGAAGCAUUUCUGUGUGAGCGGCAGAACCUGGCUACCUGCAGCAACACCAAAUCUCUUGCACGGUCAGGUUGCAGUAUCAAGGACUUCACUGUCACGCCUGGCUACAACCAGGGACAGAUCACCAGGCUCCUUCACGAGCUCGCCCGACUGGAAGAUUUCUAUAUUAAAGUCGCACCUUCGCGUCCGGUGAUCGAUUUCGGCGGAGCUCCUGCCUAUGCCGAAACCACCAUUAUCUCGCUAAAGGACGUCUUCGGCGACAUCAUAUUGCAAAAUUUGCGUACGCUAUGCAUGGACUCGUUCUGGGAUGAGCCAGAAGAGCUCUGCGAGUUCCUCCUGCGCCACCAGAACACCCUCGUGGAGCUAAGUCUUUCGGACAUCAACCUAGGCGGCACCCUGGCUUUCCAUUACGAAGGGCACAACAACAUUGUCUUCGUGGAGGAGCGGUCAUCCAAUAGGUCGCCAUCAUUGGUGGAAUGGACACAAGUCGCCCAAACUUGCCAGGCGUUAGUCGGACUCGAGGGUUUGGCGAGAACUCCACCUUCCGUCAAUCCAGAGAGGAACCCGCUGUCCAUGUUCGAUGCCGUGGAAUCGGUGGAGCUGGGGAAGAAUGGGCGGGACAACGUGCUGUGGGAGGGUGGAGCGUGGGAGAUCCUUGCGAACAUGAUGUCGCGAGAAGCGGCUGGCAAGGCCAGCGCUCUGCCGUGCUGA